GGUUAGUACCUGGUUCUUGGUUUUGAAAGUCAAAGUCUCUUUUGUGCUUCUCCUAAAGAGCGAUCUUGAGAUUAAUCAUCAUGAAAGUGCUUCUGGGUCUUUUGCUUCUCUUGGCCUUGACCAAAUCUUCAAGUGCAAUUUACUGUCUCUGCAAAGAUGGGAUAGGAGACACAGAGCUUCAACCAUCAAUAGACUAUGCAUGUGGAACUUUAGCAGAUUGUAAUCCUAUACGUGAUAAGGGUUCUUGUUUUCAACCAAACACAAUCAAAAACCACUGUGAUUGGGCUGUUAACAGCUACUUCCAAAACGCAGCUCAAGUCCCUGGAAGCUGCAAUUUCUCCGGCACUGCCACUACCAAUCCAAACCCACCUUCCAAUUUGGCUAAUGGUUGCAUCUAUCCUUCAAGUCCUAGCUCUACAAGGUCACCUCCAUCAACAACACCACCAACGGGAAGUGGAACACCUCCCACAAACGGAACCACUCCAUUUCCGGGAACUCCAUUUCCAGGAACACCGUUCCCGGGAACUCCUCCGGUGUUUGGUCCAACCGGAGUGUUUAACCCAAGCAACCCAGGCAGUGGUGCCUCAAGUUUGGUUAUCUCCUCUGUUUUCACACUCUGUUUUUCAUUACUAGCGUUUCUAUGUGGUUCUGAAGUAAGGUUUGGAUUUAGCCACGUGUAGAGACAGAAAGGCAUCCACUUGUGUUAGUCUUUGAUUCUGUCUUGGGUGGAACAAGAAGUUUAGGCGUUUGUUGAGCUUUCGUCUAUGUAAAGGUUGCUCUAAUAGAAUCUUGAGUAAAGA